GCGUGCGAGGGGGUAAGAUCGCGUUCCAGGGAGCUGCUCCUUAGUCGCCACGCGAUGCUGACGACGUGACGAAUCAACGUGCGGCGGAGGAGGACUGCAGACGCACGGGGAGCGAGGCGCGAAGAUGGUGAAGCGGGUCUGGAAACGCGAGUUCCACUUGGACCACUUCUGGCUGGAGCACCGUCAGGCGGAGGACUUCCUGCUGUGCCAAUGGCAGAGCAGCCCCUCCGUGCACGCCGGCUACGCGCUGUACCGCUGCCUGCUGGCGGGCUACUUCGUGGCGACGCUGGCCCUGUCGGCGCUCAGCUCGGCGGGGCCCAAGUGGCUCGUCUACCUCACCAACUGGGGGUACCUGGCGUGCACGCUGCAGGCCGUGCUGUCCGCGGGCUUCCUCGUCGCCCGGCUGGCCCGCGACCGGGGGCGCGACGGCGAAGCUGAUCCGGCUCCGGAACCCAUGCGGCUGGUGUACAAGGUGUUCUGGGCGUCGCACACGAUAGCCGUGGUCGUGGCCUACGGGGUCACAGUCACCUACUGGCUCACCAUCUACAACCCAAGCAAGCACAGACUCGAUGCGGUCAACGUGCUGGUCCACGCAGGCAACUCGGCCGUGAUGACGCUUGACCUGUGGAUGGUGCGCCACCCAAUGCGACUCCUGCACGCCUACCUGCCACUCUCCUUCACGCUCUCCUUCUUCCUCUUCAGUGUGACGUACUUCCUCGCGGGGGGCACCAGCCGCGACGGCACGCCGUACAUCUACGCCAUGCUGGACUGGCAGCGGCCCGGUCGCACCAUCCUCUGCUGCACCGUGGGGCUGGUGUUCCUUCUGGGCAUGCACGUGGCAGCCUGGGGCCUCAGCCUCCUGCGGCGCCGGCUGCACCAGUCACUGGAGCCCCGCAGAGAGCAUGCCUGGCCCCACGACACAGUCCCCUCUCCCGGCUCUUCAGUGUGAGGUGCUCCUCUGCUGAGCCCUGGGGCUGACUUUCCUGCUGGGCCUCUGUGGCGCUGGCUUCACCAGUCACUGGAGCCCCGCAGAGAGCAUACCUGGCCCCACGACACAGACCCCUCCCCCGGCUCUUCAGUGUGAGGUGCUCCUCUGCUGAGCCCUGGGGCUGACUUUCCUGCUGGGCCUCUGUGGCGCUGGCUUCACCAGUCACUGGAGCCCCGCAGAGAGCAUACCUGGCCCCACGACACAGACCCCUCCCCCGGCUCUUCAGUGUGAGGUGCUCCUCUGCUGAGCCCUGGGGCUGACUUUCCUGCUGGGCCUCUGUGGCGCUGGCUGCACCAGUCACUGGAGCCCCGCAGAGAGCAUGCCUGGCCCCACGACACAGUCCUCUCCGCCAGCUCUUCAGUGUGAGGUGCUCCUCUGCUGGGCCUCUGUGGCGCCGGCUGCACCAGUCACUGGAGCCCCGCAGAGCAUACCUGGCCCCACGACACAGUCCCCUCUCCCGGCUCUUCAGUGUGAGGUGCUCCUCUGCUGAACCCUGGGGCUGACUUUCCUGCUGGGCGUUUGUGGCACCAACUGCACCAGUCGCUGGAGCCCUAUAGAGAGCAUGCCUGGCCCCACGACACAGUCCCCUCCCCCGGCUAUUCAGUGUGAGGUGCUCCUCUGCUGAGCCCUGGGGCUGACUUUCCUGCUGGGCCUCUGUGGCGCUGGCUGCACCAGUCACUGGAGCCCCGCAGAGAGCAUACCUGGCCCCACGACACAGUCCUCUCCGCCAGCUCUUCAGUGUGAGGUGCUCCUCUGCUGGGCCUCCUUCGGCGCCGGCUGCACCAGUCACUGGAGCCCCGCAGAGAGCAUACCUGGCCCCACGACACAGUCCCCUCCCCCGGCUCUUCAGUGUGAGGUGCUCCUCUGCUGGGCCCUGGGGCUGACUUUCCUGCUGGACCUCUGUGGCGCUGGCUGCACCAGUCACUGGAGCCCCGCAGAGAGCAUGCCUGGCCCCACGACACAGACCCCUCCCCCGGCUCUUCAGUGUGAGGUGCUCCUCUGCUGAGCCCUGGGGCUGACUUUCCUGCUGGGCCUCUGUGGCGCCGGCUGCACCAGUCACUGGAGCCCCGCAGAGAGCAUACCUGGCCCCACGACACAGUCCCCUCUCCCGGCUCUUCAGUGUGAGGUGCUCCUCUGCUGAGCCCUGGGGCUGACUUUCCUGCUGGGCCUCUGUGGCGCUGGCUGCACCAGUCACUGGAGCCCCGCAGAGAGCAUGCCUGGCCCCACGACACAGUCCUCUCCGCCAGCUCUUCAGUGUGAGGUGCUCCUCUGCUGGGCCUCUGUGGCGCCGGCUGCACCAGUCACUGGAGCCCCGCAGAGCAUACCUGGCCCCACGACACAGUCCCCUCUCCCGGCUCUUCAGUGUGAGGUGCUCCUCUGCUGAGCCCUGGGGCUGACUUUCCUGCUGGGCCUCUGUGGCGCUGGCUGCACCAGUCACUGGAGCCCCGCAGAGAGCAUACCUGGCCCCACGACACAGUCCCCUCUCCCGGCUCUUCAGUGUGAGGUGCUCCUCUGCUGGGCCCUGGGGCUGACUUUCCUGCUGGGCCUCUGUGGCGCUGGCUGCACCAGUCACUGGAGCCCCGCAGAGAGCAUACCUGGCCCCACGACACAGUCCUCUCCGCCAGC